AUGCCUACGCAGCACCGCCCUGGACAGCCUGCGAUCCUGAUAAACCGACUCCCAUCUCCCCCCUCUCCCUCUCUCACCCUCUCCCCCUCUCACCAUCUCCCUCACUCACCACCUCCCUCUCUCACCAUCUCCCUCUCUCACCCUCUCCCUCUCUCACCCUCUCCCCCUCUCACCAUCUCCCUCUCUCACCAUCUCCCUCUCUCACCAUCUCCCUCACUCACCACCUCCCUCUCCUCACCAUCUCCCUCUCUCACCCUCUCCCUCUCUCACCCUCUCCCUCUCUCACCCUCUCCCCCUCUCACCAUCUCCCCUCUCACUCUCUCCCUCUCUCACACCUCCCUCUCUCACCCUCUCCCCUCUCACCAUCUCCCUCUCUCACCAUCUCCCCCUCUCACUCUCUCCCUCUCUCACCAUCUCCCUCUCUCACCCUCUCCCCCUCUCACCAUCUCCCUCUCUCACCAUCUCCCUCUCUCACCUCUCCCUCUCACCAUCUCCCCUCUCACCAUCUCCCCUCUCACAUCUCCCCCUCUCUCACCCUCUCCCUCUCUCACCAUCUCCCUCUCUCACCCUCUCCCUCUCUCACCAUCUCCCUCUCUCACCUCUCCCUCUCUCACCACCUCCCUCUCUCACCCUCUCCCUCUCUCACCAUCUCCCUCUCUCACCCUCCCCUCUCUCACCAUCUCCCUCUCUCACCAUCUCCCCUCUCUCACCACCUCCCUCUCUCACCACCUCCCUCUCUCACCCUCUCCCUCUCUCACCAUCUCCCUCUCUCUCACCAUCUCCCCCUCUCACCAUCUCCCUCUCUCACCCUCUCCCCCCUCUCACAUCUCCCUCUCUCACCAUCUCCCUCUCUCACCAUCUCCCUCUCUCACCACCUCCCUCUCUCACCCCUCUCCCUCUCUCACCCUCUCCCUCUCUCACCAUCUCCCUCUCUCACCAUCUCCCUCUCUCACCACCUCCCUCUCUCACCCUCUCCCCCUCUCACAAUCUCCCUCUCUCAACAUCGCCCUCUCUCACCCUCUUCCUCUCUCACCAUCUCCCUCUCUCACCAUCUCCCUCUCUCACCCUCUCUCACCCCUCCCUCUCUCUCAUCCCAUCUCCCUCUCUCGCCAUCUCCCUCUCUCACCAUCUCCCCUUCUCACCCUCUCCCUCUCUCACCCUCUCCCUCUCUCACCAUCUCCCUCUCUCACCCUCUCCCUCUCUCACCAUCUCCCUCUCUCACCAUCUCCCCCUCUCACCAUCUCCCUCUCUCACCCUCUCCCCCUCUCACAUCUCCCUCUCUCACCAUCUCCCUCUCUCACCAUCUCCCUCUCUCACCACCUCCCUCUCUCACCCUCUCCCUCUCUCACCCUCUCCCUCUCUCACCAUCUCCCUCUCUCACCAUCUCCCUCUCUCACCACCUCCCUCUCUCACCCUCUCCCCCUCUCACAAUCUCCCUCUCUCAACAUCGCCCUCUCUCACCCUCUUCCUCUCUCACCAUCUCCCUCUCUCACCAUCUCCCUCUCUCACCCCUCCCUCUCUCACCAUCUCCCUCUCUCGCCAUCUCCCUCUCUCACCAUCUCCCCUUCUCACCCUCUCCCUCUCUCACCCUCUCCCUCUCUCACCAUCUCCCUCUCUCACCCUCUCCCUCUCUCACCCUCUCCCUCUCUCACCAUCUCCCUCUCUCACCCUCUCCCUCUCUCACCCUCUCUCCUCUCUCACCCUCUCCCUCUCUCACCAUCUCCCUCUCUCACCCUCUCCCUCUCUCACCCUCUCCCCCUCUCACCAUCGCCCUCUCUCACUAACAAUGAAUAA